AUGCCAACUGUGACCGAAAUUACAGGAAAUAUAGUAUAUUCAAAUUUGAUGGCGUCGGACCAAGAUUCUUGUUCUGAUGAAGAGCCCGAUAGUGAAAUGUUGAGUGAUGAUCUCUGCCUGCCAGAUAGUGAUGAUGACAGGCAGCCCUCGAGGAGUAUCCAGAAUUUGACUGAAGAUCUGCAACCACUAAACUCUUGCAUUCUUCGUCCACCUCGAAAACUCUUCACAAAUUGUCGAGAGCGAUGGAGGCAACAGAAUGUUAGCGGUGCCUUCGCUGAGCUCAGGCGACUGGUGCCGACUCAUCCCCCUGACAAGAAGUUGUCCAAGAACGAGAUACUACGAAUGGCUAUAAGGUAUAUUGGUCUUCUAAGUGAAGUUCUUGAAUGGCAAAAGAAUCACGGCCUGAUUAACAAGGAAAAUUCUGGCCUCGCAAUCAAAUGUGAAUCGCCUUUAAGUCCAACAUCUAGAAGACUGAGAUUGAAAAGACCUUACGACGAUGACAAAAGACCGUAUGAAAUCGAAUAUAAUAGGUUUGGUAAUGAAGAAAACGAGGAAGUGUUUAGACGCAGCUUUCAAAGGACUAAAGCAGAGUUCGUUUUCGGUAAAGAUCAUUUGAAAGUUUUACGUAAUCAGUAUUAUUUUCCAAGGUGGCGUCAAAUGCCAUUCCGUAAUUUGACUGGAGAGAGAAAUGGAAACAAUCUUUUGAUGAUAGCUCCAGCCAAGGAUGAUAAGGAUUGUAAAGAAAAAUGUGAUGCUAAAGAUAAA